GCAGAGCUUCAGGGAUGAUGCUGCUUUGCAUUUUUCUUGUGCUUCUCAGUGAAAUCUGUCAGGUGUCAGCUGUCAACAAGACCUCAGGUAUAAUUCAGGACGGCGGGGUCAGAACAGCCAAAGUUGGGACGACGGUGACUUUGAAAUGCUCCUGUCAGGACGAUGCUGUAACUUUCCUGUCUUGGUACCAGCAAACCUUGGGAGGCAAACCUGUCAUCAUAUCAACUCGGAUGAGGCGCAACCUGGAGGCAACCAUUGACCCCCCGUAUAAAGAAAGGUUUCGGGUCUCAGCAGAAAGUCAGAUGGGCACCAACCAUCUCGUAAUCUCAAACCUUCACCUGUCAGACACAGCGACAUAUUACUGUGGGGUUUUAGAGUUCAACACCAUUGAAUUUGGACAAGGGGUGCUCCUUCAUGUCAAAACGUCGCUGUCAAACAUUCAAGCUGUUGUCCAUCAGCCGGCAAUGGAGUCCCGUCGGUUUGGAGAAUCUGUGAAUGUGAGCUGCACCGUGCACGCCGGUGAAUGUGCGGGGGACAAGAGCCUCUACUGGUUCAGAUAUGGUGCGGCGCAGCCUGUGAUCAUGUAUCGCAGUGUGGGACAAUGUCUGAAUGAGCCCACCGUGAAAAAUUGCACUUUAAACCUCACCAUAAAAUCCAUGAACUCGUCCCAUGAAGGGAUGUACUACUGUGCCCUGGCCUCCUGUGGGGAGAUUGUGUUUGGAAAUGGAACACGAGUCCAGAUUGCAAGAGAUUCUAUCAGAGUCCCCCCUCUCCUGGUGCACUGCCUCAGCGUGGUGUUGGCAGUUUCCAUUAUCCUGCUGCUCGUCUUGUCUUCCCUCAUGUACAAGUUUAGAGGAAAGACAUGCUCCGUCUGCAGGGGCACGGAAUCUCAUCUGACAUGUCCUGCAGCUUCUGACGCCGUGCAGAGCCAAGAGGAUGUUGUCCAUUAUGCUGCUCUGAGUCUGAACAAAACCAGUGUACGACAGCGCCAAGAGGAGAAUGUGGAGAGUGUUUGUGUAUAUGCUGGAGUGAAGUGUAGAAAACAGUGAAGUAGGACUUUCCCUUUAAUGUCAACUACUUCAAUGUGUUUUCUCUCUUUCCUGUCAACACUUCACCUGAUGAAAUGUAUAAUAUGCAACAAUGAAGGAAAAUAAAAUAUUU